GGAAGCGCGACCUGGCCGGCGCUGGGGGAAGGAGCCUGCUGAGGGAUGCCCAAGAAGUUCCAGGGCGAGAACACCAAGUCGGCAGCAGCCCGGGCACGAAAGGCCGAGGCCAAGGCGGCAGCUGAUGCCCGGAAGCACAAGGAGCUGGAAGAUGCCUACUGGAAGGAUGAGGACAAACACGUCAUGAGGAAGGAGCAGCGAAAGGAGGAGAAGGAGAAGCGGCGCCUGGAGCAGCUGGAGCGCAAAAAGGAGACCCAGCGCUUGCUGGAGGAGGAGGACUCGAAGCUCAAGGGUGGCAAGGCCCCACGGGUGGCUGUUCCCAGCAAAGUCACCCGCGCCCAGAUUGAGGAGACACUCCGCAGAGACCAUCAGCACAAGGAAACACCAGAACCAGUAGAGAAAGCCAAGAGCCACCUGGAGGUGCCACUGGAGGAAAACGUGAACCGGCGCAUGCUGGAAGAGGGCAGCGUGGAGGCGCGCACUAUCGAGGACGCCAUUGCGGUGCUCAGUGUGAUGGAGGAGGCCGGAGACAGGCACCCGGAGCGCCGCAUGCGGGCUGCUUUCACUGCCUUUGAGGAAGAGCAGCUGCCUCGGCUCAAGCAAGAGAACCCCAAUAUGCGGCUGUCGCAGCUGAAGCAGCUGCUCAAGAAGGAGUGGCAGCGCUCACCUGACAACCCCAUGAACCAGCGGGCCGUGCCCUUCAACACCCCCAAGUGAACCCCGAACUGGGGGAGAAGCCCCACAAACUGGGGGAGUCGCCCCAUGGGCGGUCAGGGUCGUGACCCUGCAUGCCAGCUCAUUCAGUCAAUCAGCUCCCAGGGUUACAGAGGUCCGGGCCAGCGCAUUUUCUGGGGGCUGAUUGGCAUCAUCUGCCAGGCCUUCCACCAAGGGUACCUGCUCUGAGUGACACCCAACUUCCUCCUGUUGCAGUCCUGGGCUGAAUGCCCAAUAAAGGUGGUUGGUGAG